AUGGCAAAACAUCAUCCAGAUUUGAUUAUGUGCCGUAAGCAGCCAGGAAUUGCAAUCGGUCGUUUAUGCGAGAAAUGUGAUGGCAAAUGCGUUAUUUGCGACUCAUAUGUGCGACCGGAUACUCUUGUUCGAAUUUGUGAUGAAUGUAAUUAUGGAUCUUAUCAAGGUCGUUGCGUGAUCUGUGGUGCACCAGGUGUUUCAGAUGCGUAUUAUUGUAAAGAAUGCGUUUUACAGGAGAAAGAUAGAGAUGGAUGUCCAAAGAUUGUUAAUCUGGGAUCUUCGAAAACAGAUCUAUUUUAUGAACGGAAAAAAUAUGGGUUUAAGAAAAGAUGA